UAAUCUGUGAAUGUUAUGGAGAAUAAUACUUACCUAUCAAUUUGUAUAUAGUGUCCUUACUUCAUUAUCUUAUUAAUUUUGUAAUCAUGUUAUCGAUAUAUCCAACCUUUACUAAUUUUCUAAAAGCUCAAUGUCCAAAGUGUUUCAGGUUUCAAAGGUAUGUUACUCGCAAAAGGUUUUAUCGAUGUACUGGUAUAAUACAAAAUGAAAAUAAAUGGGAAGUAACUUUGGACCAGCGUCGUUUAAAAACACCGAAUGGUCGUGUAUUGUUGGUUAAUAGCGAACCUCUCGCUCGUGCCAUAGCAGCUGAAUGGGAUGCCCAAACAGAUACAAUAGCACAACCUACUAUGCAUUUGACAACUUUAUGUAACACUGCAUUAGAUAAUCCUGGAAAACUGACAGUGCAUGAUAUUGCUAAUUAUUUAUUGGAUUAUUUUCCAACAGACACACUUCUCUUCCAUUCAGAGGAAGAAGAGUUGAGAGCACUUCAAGAAAAAAAAUGGAUUCCUGUACUAGAAUGGUUUCAAAAGAGAUUUGGAGUUAAACUAGAAAUUUCCAAGGGUUUGGAGCCUCCACCUGUUACAACAGAGACUCGAGCUGUGCUUGCUAGACAUUUCCUUUCAUAUGACUUUACAGCACUCAAUGCUAUAUGUUUUGGAGUAGAAGCACUUAAGUCGCCGUUAUUAAUGUUGGCUUGUAUAGAACGACAUUUGGAACCAAAAGAAGCAGUGCUACUUGCUCGUUUAGAAGAGGAGUUUCAGUUGAUACGAUGGGGUCGUGUACCAUGGGCCCACGAGUUAAACCAAGCGGAGUUGAGCUCGCGUGUUGCUGCUGCGCUGCUCGUUGUACAAUGUUCUACUGAAAAACAUUCCACAACUGUAAAGACUCCAGCACGCGAACAAGCCAUGAAUUGAAGAUCAAUAUAUAUUUAUUAAUUUAGCAGUUCAAUCUACGACCUCUUUGAUUGUGGUUAAUAAGGCAUCAUUAUUUACUAGGCACUAGAUAGACUGUUAUUAAAUUACCUAGAUUAGAAAAA